AUGCAUAUUGACUCACCCCUCUUAUUGACCAUCCUCAUUUUCCGAGCUCAGACAUCAAGUUUAUCCACGAAUGAUCUGUGCUGUGAGACCAUGAGGCUGAUGGGUUUGGCUUGUUUCACUCUCCUGAUGUUGGUUUUGUUGCUGUUACAGAGCUUUUCUACUGCCACUAAUGAGUCAGGAAAUUUUCAAAACUUUGAAAGUGGGUUCAUGUCAAAGUCCAAUUCUGUUCAAGCUAAACAUGGUUUUAGACAGACUUCAGGUGAAGGUGGUAGUGAAACAAUUGUAGGUGAAGAAAAAAGAAAAAUCUACACAGGUCCUAAUCCUUUGCAUAACAGAUAA